UUGACUCCGGAGCCGCUUCACGGAACCAGCAGCUCAGAGCCCGAGCGAGCGGCGAGGAGCAAGCCUGUCCUGUUUGAGCCCAUGGAGCGUUUCUGACGGCCUGACCUGCUCCACACACAGACGUGAAGAUGGCGGCCGGAGUGGGCGGCUCCUCCCCCGUGCUCCUGUCCCCCGGCUGGGGGGCCGGCCCGGACCACGUCCCCGCCCUGGAGAUCAAACUGGGGGCGCUGGUGGUGCUGCUGGCCACCACGCUGCUGUGCGGCUUCGUCCCGCUGUGCGUGGUGCGAGGGGCGGGCGGGUGCAGCGUGGACUCAGAGCUGCGGCGCAGGCUGCUGGGUUUGGUCAGCUGUUUUGCUGGAGGAGUUUUCCUGGCGACCUGCCUGCUGGACCUGCUGCCCGACUACCUGCAGAGCAUCAGCCAGGCCUUCAGCAACAUGGGCGUCACGCUCCAGUUCCCUCUGCCGGAGUUCAUCGUGGCCAUGGGUUUCUUCAUGGUUCUGGUUCUGGAGCAGAUCGUUCUGGCCGUCAAGGACCAAUCGUCCGUCCCGUCGGACGAGCGGCGCGCCCUGCUGGUGAACUCGGGCGUGCCGUCGAGUGACGGCGGCGUGCGGCGGCGUUCCCAUCAUCACCACCAGGAGGCGGUGGAGGACCUGUCCCAGCUGUCCCUGCGGGCGUUCGUGCUGCUCUUCUCGCUGUCGCUGCACUCGGUGUUCGAGGGCCUGGCGGUGGGCCUGCAGGAGGACGGCCGGCGGGUUCUGGAGAUCUGCUUGGCGCUGACGAUCCACAAGAGCAUCAUCGCCUUCAGCCUGGCCUUCAGGCUGGCCCGCGGCCGUCUGCGGCGCCCCCUGGUGGCCGGCUGCCUGCUCCUGUUCGCCCUCAUGUCCCCGCUGGGCAUCGGCCUGGGCAUCGCCCUCACCGAGACCCGGGCGUCGCCGCAGCACCAGCUGGCACGCGCCUCGCUGGAGGGGCUGGCGGCGGGAACCUUCGUCUACGUGACCUUCAUGGAGAUCCUGCCGCACGAGCUCGCCGCCGGGGGCAACCGCAUCGCCAAGGUGACGGCGCUGCUGCUGGGCUUCACCGCCGUCACCGCCGUGCUCUUCAUCAAACUCUGACCCGCUGACCGACAGAUCACAGGUUCGAUCCCCCAUGGUGGCUGUCCUGUCCUGACGAAGUGUCUUUGAGCAAGGCAUCACAGCUCAGAUGUAUCACAAACGUCCACAACUGAUUUUUCUUUAGCAUCACAGGUCAGAACGACUGGAGAGAACGAAAUAACAUUUAAUCAGCUCAGUUAUUAUAACUCACACUGUCUCUCUGCUCUCUGUGCUUCAGUGACACACACACACACACACACACACACACACACACACACACUUUGCGUCCCGUGCUGACAAGAGGCCUUUGUCUGCGUCGGCUGAUGAAACAACAGGCUCGUUGUUGUCCAGAUGUAAAAAUGAAGAAGAAUUUACUUCCAGGCCCAAAACUGAAAAACAGCUGCUGUCGAGUGAAAACCUCGUAUCUCCACCACGCCGCCUUUCCAGGAACAAACUAACAAAACUAGCUUCUUUUUUUUUUUUUUUUUUAGUUUGUCCAGUGAGUUUCUGAAGCUCCGUCCCGGUUCCUCUGCAUGUCCAGAGGUUCCUCUCCAGAACGUUCCUCUGCUCUCCUCCCAGAGCGAGCAGUGGGCUUUCAGAGCUGCCAC